CGGAGUUUCAGAGAAAGGUUGAAUUCGGAGAUUUCGAUAUUUUAUUAGUUAGUCAUUUGUAAUCCCAGCUUACCUUUGCGGUUCCAUCAUCGUUUGUUAUCUCUAAGAGAGAUCUUCGAAAAUACAUAAAUGAUGCUAUUUAUUGAACUAAUAAACUCAAGGUAAACCAAAUUUGACACGAUUCUAUCGAAUGAAUACGCAAUAUUUCUAAGUACCCUUAUUUAGAUAGGAGUGCAAUUUCGCUUAAAAACAGAUGGAAAUAGGAAUUACGACAUGGAUUAAAGACUCUCAGUUGUAAGAUAAGAUAAGACAAUACCGAUGUUUUAAAACAAUCUGAAGAGAUAACAUCUCAUUUCUGUGCAACUACAGCAGUGGAAUUAGUGGUAUAUUGUACAGCUUGCAGUAAAUGCUACAGAUUAUUCAGACUGAAGCCCCGCAAUGACCUCUUGGUGCUUCCUUUUCCUCGCAAUAAUAUUGCACUCAUGUGCAGCUCAAAGACUUCCGACUGUGGCCUAUCCAUCCGCGUACAAGGUGUCUCUAGUGAUUCCAGAGAGUUCGUUCACAGAAAAAGGAGAUAGUUUCACUGGAAAAGUAGAGAUUGUGCUUGCACUUGAAGAGGCUAGCUACUCGAUAGAGUUGCAUGCUGGACGUGAUUAUUUGUCGAUCGCCACACUGCAGGUGAUACAUGACGGGACGGCUUUACAUACAACUUUUACAGUGGAUGAAAAUGAUGUUUUGACUAUAAGUGCGACACAACAACUACUAGCACAUACCGACUAUAAGCUCGUGGUAACUUACGAUGGUCGUCUCAGUACCACAGAUAUGAACGGAAUCUACAAAAGCAGUUAUGAAGACGGAACAGGAGCUAAGAAGUACCUGGUAACCACCCAGUUCGAAUCCAUCUACGCCAGAAGGACAUUUCCCUGCUUUGAUGAACCGUCCUUCAAGGCUACGUUUACAAUAGAUAUUACUGUGCCACAAAAAUUGAACGCAAUGUCUAAUACUCUAUUCACCACGUCACUUUUACCCGAUGGGACUACCCACUACCAGUUUGAAACAACCCCAAAAAUGUCAACGUACCUGAUAGCAUUCGUGAUAUCCGAGUUCACUUGUUCAGCAUGGAACAUGCCAGAAGUCAACUCCGUGAACAAAGUUUGCUCUAGGGCCCAGAAAGAAGACACCAGAAGGUGGGCCGUUGAAGUAUCACCAAAACUUUUGAGCAGCUUGAACACCUAUACUGGUAUUCCAUAUACUAGUUCUAUGAAGAAAGUGGAUCAAGUCGCCAUUCCGGAUUUCAGAUCGGGCGCUAUGGAAAACUGGGGACUGAUUACGUACAGGUAAGAAUUGAAGAAUGCCCGCAUUCGUGAGCAUUACAUUAUGACGCACUUUAUUCGAGUAUUUUUCCGUCACUAGGGUAUUUAUUUAUGCGGUAUGCCUUGUAGUUCAUUUCGGUGAACUAGUUCAAUCACUGAAACGAACUAAUGCUAGGAGUUAAGCAGCGCUGGGCGCGGUUACUAUUUGGAUGGGUGACCGCUUCGGAACACCUCGUAUUGUUGUUUUCUUUCAUUUUUUUUUGUUAAAAUGGAUUUUAAUGCUCCACGUGAACUAUCUCUGAUUUGGUAGAUGUAGCUAAGAGAUAUACGAGUACACGUUUCCAAUCUCUUAACUAGAAGGCAGUAAAGCUAAAAAAAUUAUAUUUUUGUGGUUAAUUUAUAUUUAGUACAUUUUAAUAUUGAUUAAUUUCUUCAUGAACCGCAAAAGUUAGCUAAUUUUUAAUUUUCUGUUGCCGUACUUACCGUUGUAUUCAGUCUCCUUUCUAUUAUCUCGUUCUUUAUAGGAGGGUCGCAAACUUCCAAAAAAAAUACUUAGUAUAACAUGCGGGUUUCACUGGUGUGUAGGAUGUUUCAAGCAUUUUUUUGAUAACGAAAAUUAAUGAUACUAUUGUAUUUGAAGAUUUCGGAAAAACAUGACUGUUUUUGAGAUUAGAGUUACGCCCCCUAGUGACCAAUGUAAGAAGCUGAAAAUGAUUGCCUCCAAUUCCUCUAGGCCACCUUUGUUGAAUUUUUUUGUGAUAAUGAACCUACCUGACGCUUUUUUCCUCAUUAAACUGUAGCGUAAAAAUUUGUUGUGGUUAAUGAAUUCCGACUAGGUAGAAGGAUAUGUUUUUCUCCUAAUUAUCAUAGUGUGAAAUGGAGGCAAGGUGCACGUGACAUAAGUCAAUCCUUUCAUAGUUCUCUAAUUAAAUUUGUAUUUUUAGAGCUAUUUUUUGAACUUUCCUAUAUCUAUUAUGCUCUUUAGGCUUGCAUUCAGCUUGUUAUACAGGGUGUAAACGUUACGAUAGUCAUUAUUUAAAUGUGUGUUAGGCAAAAGCAAAAGUUUCAUAUAAAAGCAUUUUUUUUUUUAGAGAAAAGUGACUUUAAAGUAAAAUAAAAUCUAAUAGCGCCGCAAUGCCAGACGCAAAUUACGACGGAACGCAGUGUAAAUAAAGAUGGAGUUUGUUAUUUUUGGCUGUUACAUAUUAUUUCAUUAUUGGAUAAUGUACUCGUAAAAUGCAAACAAUUAAAAAAAACAGACCUACCACUAACUGUCUCAGCGCUUCACCUGGUGUGUGAAAGUCUAUUGAACGUAUUAAAAAAAUCCACUUAUAAUUAGGGAAUACAAUUUUGAUACACACAUUGUUUUUGUUUUUAAAAAAAAAUUUCCGUACGAUUCACUAUGGUAUGCGAUAAUCCUACGCGGCAGCCUAAUUCCCGAGUGCUGAUAUCUGCAUUGAUUUCCACGAUAUUUAAAAUUUCUUCGUUCUGCUCUACAGUAACCUGUCUUUCACGAGUGCGAAUAUUAGUGUGCUGAACGCUUCCUGUAUCUCGAAGUCUUUGGUACACUUGCACAAAUGUCCUUCUGUCUGGGUGUACCCGUUGGCGAAAUCUGUCGCGAUAAAUUUGAGCUGCAAGACUUGAAUUCUGACGAGCUUCACCGUAAACUAACAACAUGUCGGCGAACUCUGGAUUCGAGAACAUUGUAAAAAGACACGACGACGUACGCGAACAAAAACAAAACAGCACGCCUGAUGCUCGAUAACUAACCACUGUUACCGUUUGCGAUCGAUUGCCGGUUCGAUAAGAGUGAUGACGACGCGCUGUUGUCAUGUGUGUUUUAAAGAUUUAAUUUAAUGACAUUUACUUACUGAGUACAAAUUUUGGCUUAGAAAAACUUAAUGCCAUUUGUUUGUUAUUUACCCAAUUUAAAAACGUUUUAGAUUAGAUUAUAAAAAUGAGCAAGACUGUGGUGAUUGUGGUCGAUAUAAAGGAAUUAAAGUUGUAAACUAUAAAGCCACAUAGACAAACAUCUAUUGACAAUCAUGACUACUAUAACGUUUACACCCUGUAUAACUUGGUUGGCAAACAUGUGGAGACUUCAAAAAGUGACAAAUUAUGACUAGGCAAAAGUAGGAUGUAUCUGUUUCCAGUUUCGUAGCUGCAACAAACUCAUUUUAAUUUUGUUUUGCAUUCAUUAACAGUUCAUUCAUAUACGAUAGUAAAGUGAGUAAAUUUGCCUAUUCAGACCAAGACCUGCAUGACUCGCUAGUCGAUAAACAAACAUAUUCUUAAUUGCUCUUGUUUGCAUUAUAAACACUCUUAGCUCACUACAAUCAAAUCUUAGGCAAGAGACGAUGAAACAAGCUGAAGACAAUUUAUUGCAUAUACAGGGUGCCCAAUAAGUACCACGACAAACUUAAGGAGAAGGUAGGAUUUGAACUGACCUCCCAAAUAACAAAAACUUACCUAUAUAAAACUGACACCGUUAUUGAGAUAUUGAAUUUUUUCUUAAAUUUUAAAAAAUGAACUUUUUCAUCUGUGGUCUUUAGCUGCAUGUACAAAUAAGGUUAUACUUUGUUCAUUUUUUAUAUAAAAUACUUCUAAAUAGUUGCUUUAUCAUAUACAAAUGCAAUGUAGUUAAAUAUAUUAAGGAACCAUGGUAUGAAUAAUAUGUUCUUCGAAAUUCAGAUAUAGAUUCCUAAGAAUUUCGUACAAUGCGAUUGGUCGCUAGAUUUAUUUGCAAGAAAUAGGCUUCAUCUAUGAUGUUACUUACACCUUCCAGAAAGUAUGGAUCAUACCCAUGGAUCUUUCUAAUCCAUUCAAAUUCGUUGGUAGUGACGCACUGAAUUGAACCACAAAAGUGAAAUUUGUGCGUAUUGGUGUGAGAAGACGCUGGUUUGUGAUCUGUUCGAAUUUCUUCCAGAGAAGCUAUGUUCCUCUACGACCCCAAAGAGGACCAAUCUAUCGAUAAGCAAACUGUAGCUAGGGUUAUAGCGCACGAACUUGCUCACUCGUGGUUCGGAAAUUUGGUCACCUUGGCUUGGUGGUCGGAAGUAUUCCUUAACGAAGGUUUUGCUAGAUAUUUUGAGCACAAAGCGGUCAACGAGG